AUGCAGCCUUGGGCCCUAGUUAGCCCCGCCUCCCGCGGAAUUGGUCUUCACCUCGCUCGCCAUUUGCUGCAGAAUACCAAGCUGCCAAUUGUAACCACCGCACGGAAGGACUUGGAUCAGACCAAGGCAUCAAUCCUCGAUGGCCUGCAUCAAGUCGACCAGAACCGACUGAAUGUCUUGAAACUGGAUGUCCUUGACGAGACUACCAUCCAAGAUGCAGCAUCCGCUUGCAGUGACCUGUUUCCCAAGAAGGACAAUUACUUGCAUGUGUCCUAUGCUAUUCCCGGCAUCCUGUAUCCUGAAAAGUCUCCUCAGCAGAUUGAUCAUGAUGAUGCUCUUUUGACCUUCCGAACCAACACCUUGGGCCCCAUGAUGAUGCUAAAACACUUUGGCCCUUUCUUGCCGCGAAAGUCGACAGAACUCGCUCAGGAUGCAUCUUUGCCUAAAACUGCCGUUUGGGCGACGAUGUCUGCUCGUGUGGGUAGUAUCACUGACAAUCAGCUUGGGGGAUGGUACUCAUACCGUGCCUCCAAAGCUGCCGUCAAUCAGGUCACAAAGACCUUCGACAACCAUUUACGGACCGCCUCUGGUGAGAAAGCUAUAGCUGUUAGCUUACACCCGGGCACGGUCAAGACGGACUUCAGCAAGGAAUUCUGGGGCGGUGUCAAAGAAGGAAAGUUGUUUAGUCCCGAGUUUUCAGCUGAGAAGUUAUACGAGGUUGUCGUAUGCAGGACUCUGCAGGACAGAGGCAAGUGCUGGGACUGGAAGGGUGAGGAGGUUCCACCUUAG